CUGCGAGAGGCCAAGGCCAAGGAGCUGCACCAGGACAUUGAGAUCCUCAGCCAGACCUUCGCGCGGGUGAUGGACUGCAAGGACAGCGUCAUCAAGUCCCUGGCCACAGACCUGGAGGAGGCAGAGGAGCAGCACGCCCGGGCCCUGCGCAGCCACCUGCACAACAUCGACUGCCUGCUGCAGCUCCAGCGCUGCCGCCUGACCUGCCUGGAGGAGGGGUACAGCGCCCAGCUGGAGGCCCUGACAACAGAGUUUGAGGCUGAGAGGAGGACCAUCCUUGAGCAGCAUGAGCGAGAAAGCCGCUACCUGCGGGACGUGGCACUGGCCGUGGAGCAGAAUUAUGCCAAGGACGACCAUGAGGCCACGCUCAAUUUCCAGAGUGCCCGGGAUGACAUCAAGAACAAGAGCCUGCAGGAGAAGCAGUACAGCCGCAUGCAGCUGGGCGGGAGGGCGAAAGCACUCUGGGAGCAGUUCCAGCGGGCCAUGCAGAGCUAUGCAGAGGCCACUGAGCACCAGAAGAUCGCUUUUGAGGUGCUGAAGCAGAAGGACGAGAAGAGCUCCAGGGAGAUCGAGAUGCAGGCGAAGAAGCUGCAAAAGCUCCAGGACUCGAUCGCAGCCACCAAGGGCCGGAUGGCGGCUCACCUGCGGGAGAGCGGGGAGCAGAACCGGCGCGCAUGGGAGGAGAAGGAGAGGGUCCUCAGGCAGCUGCAGGAGCUCAAGAGCGAGAUGAACCAGGCCAGGGCUGAGGCGCACGGUGGCCUGGCGAGGCUCACCGCGCAGAGCAGCGCUGCCCUGAGGGUGCUGGCGCGGGUGCUAGAGAAGGCCCAGCGCAUCCUGCGGCUGGCCGAGAUGUGUCGCAGGCUGGAGACGGAGCAGGAGAAGGUGCUGCCCUUCUACCCUUCCUCGCUGGCAGAGGGGGAGCAGCGAGAUGCCCAGCAAGUCCUUGAGGAGACACCUGCGGAGCCCCUGACCCGGGCCAUGUGGGACUACGUGGGGUUGGAGCGAUUCUGGCAGCGGUUCAACAAGGCAAAGCUGGAGGAGCAGGCGCUGGAGCGGGAGCGGGCGGCCCUGAGCCAGAGGAACCGGCGCCUGCGGGAGCUGCUCAGGCAGUACCUGGCAGGGAUCUCCAUCAGCCAGGAGGUGCUCAGUGAGCCCAACCCGCUCCUUGCCGUCGAGCACAAGAGCUGCAUCCCCAGGGACCUGCCCCACGCCGGGGGGGGCCAUGCACAAGGUCAUCGGGGCGCCGUGCACCCUGACAGCCUCUUGGGAGGGGACGCCCACCUGGACCCCAUCCAUGGCUCUGCCAGCACCAGCUGA